CCCGCGUUUCGUCAAUCUUGGAGCAUUGAACACCAGUAGCCUCUGCCAGCGAUUAACCUCACGCCAUAUCUUCACUAUUAUCCAAAUAAUCCGUAUCCCGAAAUCGGAUUUUCCUUUUCCGUAUCGGGGUUGGGAUUGAAUGGAAAUGUUGGCACCCUUGACCUUCCUGUACUGGAUGACAUAACGUACUAGCCUUUUCUUUUUCACACCGACGACCCUCGAAAAUCGAAGUUCGUGUUCAAGAUAUAACGUCAGUCAUCGACAUCGCCCACUGCGGUUAUUCAUACCGGGACAUCUAUUAGUCUUAGUUUGCUCGGCGUUGGAGUCUGCCGGGCGUCGUAAUGUCAUCAGAGCCAUUCGUCGCCAGCCUAAACCUCGUCCAAUUUGCGAAGGACGCUGUACUGAUCUGCUGGUCUUUUGAAACGCUGAACAACGAUCCUGAUAACGCUAAGGUAGGUGAAUCGUACAGUUAUCACGAUAGUGCAACUUCUAGUCUAACAAGAAACAAGGCUCAAGCUGCUGCGGGAAUCAACGCUGUAAUUGUAGAUAAUGUUGCGUUGAUUAGUUCUAGCUUUGUAAACCAUAAGUAACUACACCUGCAGGAUCACUACAGGUUCCGUAUGCUACCUAUUUCUGCAAGGGGCAGAUCAUCCUCGUCCUUUUAUUGUGGCUUCUUCGUGCACCUAUCGUCGUGUGUGACCGGUGAACCCACCCGGCCAAGACAAAAAAGGCAAAAACCGGUCAGCCAUUUGCGGACGGGUUUCAUACACGAUUAUUCGUUCAGCGCCCGUUGAGAACACCCUCAAAUUGCACCUAGUACUAGUGUCAUAACGUACGCCUGGAUUAACAGAAGAGAACGUACGUAAGACCCAGCAUCUUGAAGACUACGGGGCUUCUCGGUGGAUAAAAACAGGAUAACAAAGGUCGCGUCGUCCAAGUGUUUCCAUCACGUCGAGGAUUCAAGCCUUUGGGGCAGUAGAUGCGGCGCGGGGGUUCAUGACCCAAUGCGCAUCUGCAUGUAAGCCAAGUCACAUCGCAUUUCUUCAGGCU